GUACUACACAAAAUACAUCCACAGUAAACUGGGUGCGUUAUCACGUAGCUUAUCCGUACAACUAUCAUUUCAUCCUGGAUGAACCUAAGAAAUGUCUCCAGCAGAACCCAUUCCUGGUCUUGAUGGUCCCUGUGGCCCCCCAUCAACUGGAGGCUCGGAACGCAAUCCGGAGCACGUGGGGAAAUGAGACCACGGUCCGGGGAAAAGCAGUGCUGACUUUGUUCAUGGUGGGCUUGCGUGAUGGACCCAGUAGUAAUGAAACCCAACAACAGCUACAGGAGGAGAGCCAACAACAUGGAGACAUCCUGCAAAGCAACUUUACGGACUCAUACGUCAACCUGACCAUAAAGACGAUGGUAAUCAUGGACUGGUUGGCCACUCGCUGCGCUCAAGCGUCUUUUGGUAUGAAAGUCGAUUCUGACAUGUUUUUGAACCUGGAGAAUUUGAUGAGCCUCUUAUUGGCACCGGAAACACCCAAACAGAACUACAUCACGGGCAUGGUUAUGAGAGGCAGAACUGUAGUCAGAAACCCAAACUCAAAAUGGUACGUUCCAGUGGAGCUGUACCCAGAACCAUACUACCCCGUAUACUUGUUGGGAAUGGGAUAUGUUUUCUCCAACGAUCUUCCCCCCAAAAUAGUUGAGGCUUCCAAGGAGAUAAAGCCUUUUAACAUAGAGGACGCAUAUGUGGGUGCUUGUCUUAAACGCUUAGAAAUUCAACCCUCACGGCCCCCAGACCCUUCUAAAUUCAGAUCCUAUUUAAAAAAAUAUAACCGGGAUGAGUUUCUGAAGGUCAUUACAACAAUCCUGAAAUCUCCUCAGCAACUACUAGAUUUCUGGAAGGAUGUUAAAAGGUCUGCAUGAAGUGAAUCGCAUACUGUACAUCGCAUCACGUAUGAGUUUUCUGUUUGAAU